AUGGUUCCCAUUCCACCAUUAAUGCCAAGCAGAACCUCCUGUUCUCGGUCUACAAAAACUUCAUCCUUUAUAGUAAAGCCGGUGGUCUCCAAAGUUGGUUGCACAGAUAUGCUGGUAGUGUGCAGGGUGAUCCCUCGAGCAUGUGAGCUUUAUCAAGAACUUUGUGGUGCACCUACAAGACCCCAGGAUGGUAACAAGCCUGCUGAGACUAGUCAACCUCAGUCUAGCACAGGGGGUUACAACCAGCCUAACCUAGGAUACGGACAGAGUAACUACAGUUAUCCCCAGGUACCUGGGAGUUACCCCAUGCAGCCAGUCACCGCACCUCCAUCCUACCCUCCUACCAGCUAUUCUUCUACACAGCCGACUAGUUAUGAUCAGAGCAGUUACUCUCAGCAGAACACCUAUGGGCAGCCGAGCAGCUAUGGACAGCAGAGUAGCUAUGGUCAACAAAGCAGCUAUGGGCAGCAGCCUCCCACUAGUUACCCCCCCCAAACUGGAUCCUACAGCCAGGCUCCAAGUCAAUAUAGCCAGCAGAGCAGCAGCUACGGGCAGCAGAGUUCAUUCCGACAGGACCACCCCAGUAGCAUGGGUGUUUAUGGGCAGGAGUCUGGAGGAUUUUCCGGACCAGGAGAGAACCGGAGCAUGAGUGGCCCUGAUAACCGGGGCAGGGGAAGAGGGGGAUUUGAUCGUGGAGGCAUGAGCAGAGGUGGGCGGGGAGGAGGACACGGUGGAAUGGGCGCUGGAGAGCCAGGUGGCUUCAAUAAGCCUGGUGGACCCAUGGAUGAAGGACCAGAUCUUGAUCUAGGCCCACCUGUAGAUCCGGAUGAAGACUCUGACAACAGUGCAAUUUAUGUGCAAGGAUUAAAUGACAAUGUGACCCUAGAUGAUCUGGCAGACUUCUUUAAGCAGUGUGGGGUUGUUAAGAUGAACAAGAGAACUGGACAACCCAUGAUCCACAUCUACCUGGACAAGGAAACAGGAAAGCCCAAAGGUGAUGCCACGGUGUCCUAUGAAGACCCACCAACUGCAAAGGCUGCCGUGGAGUGGUUUGAUGGUAAAGAUUUUCAGGGGAGCAAAUUAAAAGUCUCUCUUGCUCGGAAGAAGCCUCCAAUGAACAGCAUGCGCGGUGGUAUGCCACCCCGUGAGGGCAGAGGGGUGCCACCACCACUCCGUGGAGGUCCUGGAGGCCCAGGAGGUCCUGGGGGACCCAUGGGUCGUAUGGGAGGCCGUGGAGGAGAUAGAGGAGGUUUCCCUCCGAGGGGCCCGCGGGGCUCCAGAGGGAACCCCUCAGGAGGAGGAAACGUCCAGCACUGAGCUGGAGACUGGCAGUGUCCCAAUCCGGGUUGUGGAAACCAGAACUUCGCCUGGAGAACAGAAUGCAACCAGUGUAAGGCCCCAAAGCCUGAAGGCUUCCUCCCACCACCCUUCCCACCCCCGGGUGGUGAUCGUGGCAGAGGUGGCCCUGGUGGCAUGCGGGGAGGAAGAGGUGGUCUCAUGGACCGUGGUGGCCCUGGUGGAAUGUUCAGAGGUGGUCGUGGUAGAGACAGAGGUGGCUUCCGGGGUGGCCGGGGUAUGGACCGAGGUGGUUUUGGUGGAGGAAGACGAGGUGGUCCUGGAGGCCCUCCUGGACCUUUGAUGGAACAGAUGGGAGGAAGAAGAGGCGGACGUGGAGGACCUGGAAAAAUGGAUAAAGGUGAGCACCGUCAGGAGCGCAGAGACCGGCCCUACUAGAUGCAGAGAUCCCACAGAGCUGCAUUGACUACCAGAUUUAUUUUUUAAACCAGAAAAUGUUUUAAAUUUAUAAUUCCAUAUUUAUAAUGUUGGCCACAACAUUAUGACUAUUCCUUGUCUGUACUUUAGUAUUUUUCACCAUUUGUGAAGAAACAUUAAAACAAGUUAAAUGG